AUGGGAGCAGGAAACCAGACAGAAGUAUCAGUAUUCCUCCUUCUGGGCCUCUCAGAAGAUCCAGAACUGCAGCCUCUCCUCUUUGGCUUGUUCCUGUCCAUGUAUCUGGUGACUGUACUGGGAAAUCUGCUCAUCAUCCUGGCUAUCCUUUCUGAUUCCCACCUCCACACACCCAUGUACUUCUUCCUCUCCAACUUGUCUUUUGUUGACAUCUGUUUCAUCUCCACCACUGUCCCGAAGAUGCUGCUAAACAUCCAGGUACACAGCAAAGACAUUUCCUAUAUAGGAUGCAUCACUCAGGUAUAUUUCUUUAUGAUUUUUGCUGGAAUGGAUGAUUUCCUCUUGACUGUGAUGGCCUAUGACCAGUUUGUGGCCAUCUGCCACCCUCUGCACUAUACCAUCAUCAUGAACCCACGACUCUGUGUCCUCCUGGUUCUGAUUUGUUGGCUCACCAUUUUCUGGGUCUCCCUGAUUCAUAUUCUAAUGGUAGGGCAGCUGACCUUCUGUACAGGCACUGAACUUCCACAUUUCUUCUGUGAACUGGCUCAGAUUCUCAAGGUGGCCUGCUCUGACACCCUCAUCAAUAACAUCUGCUUGUAUGUUGCCACUGCUCUGCUGUGUGUUUUUCCUCUCACUGGGAUUCUUUUCUCUUACUCUCAGAUCGUCUCCUCCUUAAUGAGGAUGUCUUCCACUGAGGGCAAGUAUAAAGCAUUUUCCACUUGUGGGUCUCACCUUUCUGUGGUCUCUUUGUUCUAUGGUACAAGCCUGGGGGUCUAUCUCACUUCUGCUGUGACCCAUUCUUCCCAGAGAAGCUCAGUUGCAUCAGUGAUGUACACUGUGGUCACCCCCAUGCUGAACCCCUUUAUCUACAGCCUGAGGAACAAGGAUGUGAAGGGCACCCUGCGAAGGCUCCUCAACAGAGCAGCCUCAUGUCCAUGA